CUGAAGAAGUUGCAACAUGAAAAGCCCAUGAUUCAUGUGCUGCAUGCUGAAAUGCUGCUACUGGUUAGGGAACUUCUCUCCAAAUUUAUGAAGCCUGAAACUAUUCCUUUGAGUGCAAAGGGCUUGUUGAAGCUUAAUGUUCACCAGAGAGACCUGCAGUACACUGACAAAAGGUUGUCUGUGGGGAGAUUCAGCUUCUUUGCCUUAAACAAGGCUAGAGUAGAAAAGAAGCCCUGGGUGCAGAAGGUCUACAUCUCUCUCAGAGAAGGCUACAUAAAGGCAGCAACAUUCCUCCUGAAAAACCUGCCCCUCAACAACAACAUCAUCACCUCUUUAUCUGCGCUGACACCAUCAUUGAUUCUCCAUGAAUCAGUCCAAGGUGCAUUCAACACCUUGGCCAAGGCCUUGCCAAAUGCUGUGAAGUCAGAGGAGUUGGGUCAACUGGAUGAAGAGGUUCGAGCCUACCAGAUUAAUACAGAUCUAGGGACACAGGCCAAAUGCUUUGAGGAGAACAAUGCACGAAUCGAUGUUGACUGGUGGAGUAAGAUUUUCGCCAUGAAGAUGCCAGAAGGAGGAAUGAGGUUCCCCAUCUUAGGGAAGUUGGUAAAGGCUCUUCUGUCAUUGUUCACUGGCCCUCUUGUCGAAGGAUCAUUUAACAUGAUGGAUGAUAUAAUUGAGAAAGACAGGGUUAGGCUGAACAUUGAGACUUAUGAAGGCUUAGCCAUUCUCAAGUCCCACAUGAAGGUAAUGGGCAAAACUGCAUCUAAAAUGCAAAUUACCCCUGCAUUAAGGAGAUUUUGCCUGUCUUCUUAUGAGACAUACCAAAAUCAUCUGAAGAAAAAGAAGGUGAACCUUGACAAGCAAAAGGAAAGGAAACUGAGGGAAGCUGUGAAGGUCCUCUCAGCAGUUAGGGUUAGAAAAGUAAAGAAAGGUUCCACCUCUUCUGUUUGUGCUAAAGCCCCCACCUCUUCCACCCUUGGAGUUAAACGAAAAGCUGCUGCUACAGCCUCCACCCCUGCAGUUAAAGGCACUGCUGCUGCUACAGCCUCCACCUCUUCCGCCCUUGGAGUUAAACAAAAAGCUGCUGCUACAGCCUCCACCCCUGCAGUUAAAGGCGCUGCUGCUACAGUCUCCACCUCCUCCACUGCUGGAGUUAAAGGUAAAGCUGUUGCUACAGCCUCUUUCUCCUCCACCCCUGCAGUUAAAGGCAAAACUGCUGCUACAGUCUCCACCUCCUCCACUGUUGGAGUUAAAGGUAAAGCUGUUGCUACAGCCUCUUUCUCCUCCACCCCUGGAGUUAAAGGCAAAACUGCUGCUGCAGUCUCCACCUCCUCCACUGUUGGAGUUAAAGGUAAAGCUGUUGCUACAGCCUCUUUCUCCUCCACCCCUGGAGUUAAAGGCAAAACUGCUGCUACAGCCUCCACCCCCUCCACCUCUCCUGGAGCCACUCCUGCACAUGUAGCUAGUCAAACACUAAAACGGGUGUCAGGUGUAGCCAAGCUUCAGGAAUAUGGUUUCACAGCCAAAAAGCAGAAAAAGUGAAAAGCACUCUAGAGACAUUUGCACAAGAAAAGCACUUUUUGGAAUUUAAUGGUGGUGCAGUUACUUUUUUUCCUGUUAAUUAUUAAUAGUUUCACAAAACAUUGUUUGGUGUUAUAAGAAACAUAAAACAUGCACUGAAAAU